AUGCCUCGCUUUACCGUCCACAUCCGAGAUGAAUGGGUGGCAGUGGCCUGCCGGGACACCUCCAACAGCAUCCAGUGGCUCGGACAGGAAGCGCUGAAGCGGUACAUAAAGAACAAACCGGACAACGGCGGCAUCCAGUCUGUGAAGGAGACGCGGUUCUUAGUGCGCAGGUGCCAGGGCCUGGGCUUGCUGGACGCGGAUGACACCAUCGAUGAUGUGCUGGAGGAUAAUGACUUUGUUGAACUUGCAAUUGAGGGAGACACCAUGUCUUCUGACUUCAUCCCAUGUGAGCCUGGAGUUUCGAAUAUCACAGCUGCAUACAAAGAACCCGCAGAAUACAUUAGUUUGGAUGGCAACAGCCUGACUUCCACUGAUCUGGUCAACUUAGGCAGAGGACUCUACAAGAUAAAGCUAACUCUGGAGGCAGAGAAAAAGGUUGUGCAAUCACGAGAACUUUUGGACACCAUUGUCAAAGAAAACCGAGUUGUCUACGGAAUAACGACAGGUUUCGGCAAAUUUGCCCGAACUGUCAUUCCUGUCAGCAAGCUCAAGGAACUCCAGGAAAACCUGGUGCGGUCGCACUCAGCAGGUUUGGGGAACCCAUUGAGUCCCGAGAGGACUCGCAUGCUGCUCGCUCUGAGGAUCAAUGUUUUAGCUAAAGGUUACAGCGGGAUUUCUCUGGAAACCCUUCAAGCCAUGAUCCAGGCCUUCAAUGCCUCCUGUCUCUCCUUCGUUCCAGAGAAGGGGACGGUGGGAGCUAGCGGAGACUUGGCCCCCCUCUCGCACCUUGCCCUGGGACUGAUGGGAGAGGGGAAAAUGUGGUCCCCCAAGAGCGGAUGGGCAGAUGCCAAAUAUGUCCUGGAGGCCCACGGACUAAAGCCUAUAUCACUGAAACCCAAAGAGGGCAUUGCUCUGAUCAACGGUACCCAGAUGAUCACCUCUUUGGGGGCGGAGGCGGUGGAGCGCGCCCGGGCCAUCGCCCAGCAGGCGGAUAUCGUUGCUGCUCUAACGCUGGAGGUGCUGAAGGGAACCACUAAGGCCUUUGACAGCGACAUCCAUUCACUGCGUCCCCAUCCAGGCCAGACGGAAGUUGCCCUACGCUUUCGUUCACUGCUGGACUCUGACCACCAUCCAUCUGAGAUCGCAGAGAGUCAUAGGUUUUGUGACAGGGUCCAGGAUGCCUACACCAUGCGCUGCUGUCCUCAGGUGCAUGGAAUAGCAAAUGACACAAUAAUGUUUGUGCAGAACAUCAUCAACACAGAAAUCAACAGCGCCACAGACAACCCUAUGGUAUUUGCAGAAAGAGGUGAAACCAUUUCUGGUGGGAAUUUCCAUGGAGAAUACCCAGCAAAGGCUCUAGACUUUCUGUCCAUCGCUGUCCAUGAGCUGGCUUCCAUCAGCGAGAGGAGGAUUGAGAGGUUAUGUAACCCCUCACUGAGUGAGCUGCCUGCCUUCCUUGUUAAUGAGGGCGGCCUCAACUCAGGCUUCAUGAUUGCCCACUGCACCGCUGCUUCUUUAGUUUCAGAGAAUAAAGUUUUGUGCCACCCUUCGUCUGUGGACUCCCUGUCCACCAGCGCGGCUACAGAGGACCAUGUGUCUAUGGGAGGCUGGGCCGCUCGGAAGGCCUUGAGGGUUGUGGAACAUGUGGAGCAAGUUCUUGCCAUAGAGCUGCUGGCGGCCUGCCAGGGUAUCGAGUUCCUCCGCCCUCUUCGAACCACCACCCCGCUGGAGAAGGUCUACGACCUUGUGCGCACCGUUGUCAAGCCAUGGAUGAAAGACCGAUUCAUGUCGCCAGACAUCGAAGCUGUUCACCGUCUCCUGCUGGACCAGAAGGUGUGGAAGGUGGCCAAGCCUUACAUUGACAAAUAUCAGACUGAAUACAUCCCAGAGUCUCGACCCAAUUCCCCCACUGCCUUCUCGCUGGAUCCCCCCGCGUCACCGAGGAAGCGCGUCCGUCACGAGUGAAACAAAGCUUCAAAUCAAGUUCACUCUGUUUUCUUACUGUUCUGCUGGAAUCAUUUUUACUGAUCAAAAAGCCAAAAGUAUAAACAUUGUUACAAAGACUAAUUAUUAGUAAGACAGUGGAAGAUUCCUGACAUGAAAAUCUGUGGCGAUACGUUGCUUACUUAGAAAUACAUUACAAAUGGUAUUAUUAUCUGGAAAAUUAAGUUUUGUAAUUUUCUGUACUUACCCUGACAGCACUGCAGUCAACUUGCAUUACUCUUGACUACGGUUGCUAAUGUAGUUUUUAUUUCUUCAGUUUCAGGCUUUGUUGGCGUAAAUAAAAUUGUUUUGUGUGUAAUUUGCUGCUAUGUGAUGUUUAUGCAUCCGUCUGUUUUAAAUUGCAUUUCUCUUGCUAGAUUAUCACAUUUUUCUGUUAUAUUUCUAACUGCAUGAAAUUGUUGGGGCUGCAGUUGGUAGCACUGUUGCCUUGCAGCAAGAAAGUCCUGGGUUCGA